UAAUGAUGCGGGGAAUGCGGGGAAUGCCGUAUGCAUUUGGUCAUCAGUCUUGGUAAUAGUCAAUAGCCUAGGCAUAGAUACUUAGGUACAGUUUAGUUGAUAAAAAAACUUAGAUGCAGGUAUAUAACGCUCUCCAAACAUGUUGCGCUCCUUUGUGAGAGCAACUCGCUCAAGUUGGACACUUAACCACCUGCAUCUAUACCGCCACAACUCAUCCCGCCUCCUAUCUACAAUGUCGGACUUAAAAGUUGACCUCACAGCCCCCAACGGCAAGAAAUUCACCCUUCCUACGGGUCUAUUCAUCAAUAAUGAAUUUGUCAAAUCGAGCCAGAAUCUGAAGAUUACAAGCAUCAACCCAACAAAUGAACAAGAGAUCUGCACAGUUGAAGCGGCGAGUCCCGAAGACAUCGACCGUGCAGUGGCUGUUGCGAGAGCUGCGUUGAAUCAUGAGUCAUGGAGAGAUAUCAGCGGAACUGAACGUGGCAAGAUAAUGUUCAAGUUCGCGGACUUGAUAGAGCAGGAGAUGGACAUUCUAGCAACUAUCGAGACAUGGGAUAACGGCAAACCAUUAAGUUCUUCUAUGGGAGACUUAGAAGGCGUCGUCGACACAAUUAGGUAUUACGCUGGCUAUGCCGAUAAGAUUCACGGCGAAACCAUUCCUACGACAAGUCAAAAAUUUGUCUAUACCUUGAAACAACCAGUCGGCGUCUGCGCUCAGAUCAUUCCAUGGAACUACCCUCUAGGUAUGGCAUCAUGGAAGUUAGGUCCUGCACUCGCCUGUGGAAAUACUAUCGUCCUAAAACCUGCCGAGCAAACACCAUUAUCUAUUCUGUAUCUGGCGAAACUUAUCGCCAAGGCCGGCUUCCCUCCGGGAGUUGUCAAUAUCACCAACGGGUACGGCCGAGAUGCCGGCCAGACACUGGCUAGCCACCUCGGCGUGGAUAAGAUCGCUUUCACCGGAUCAACUGGUACAGGAAAACAGAUCAUGAAAACUGCUAGCAUCAACAUGAAGAACAUCACACUUGAGACCGGAGGGAAAUCUCCAUUAAUAGUCUUCGAGGAUGCUGAUAUCGAGCAAGCAGCAAAGUGGGCUCAUGGCGGAAUUAUGAGCAACAUGGGACAGAUCUGCACCGCAACUUCGCGACUACUCGUCCAAGAAACCGUAUACGAAAAGUUCGUGAACGUGUUCCGGGAGGUGGUCAAAACGACUAGCAAAGUCGGCGAUCCCUUCGCGGAAGAUACUUUCCAGGGCCCCCAAGUGACGAAAUCACAGUACGAUAGGAUCUUGGAGUUUGUGGAAUCAGGCAAGUCAGAAGGCGCCACGCUGUCGGCUGGAGGUGUUCCUUGCCCGCUUAACGGGAAGGGCUAUUUCAUCGAGCCUACUAUCUUCACCAACGUAAAGGAUAACAUGAAGAUUUACCGAGAAGAGGUAUUUGGGCCAUUCGUCGUUAUCGUGCCUUUCAAGACGGAGCAGGAAGCGAUCGCGAUGGCGAAUGACACCACCUACGGGCUCGGCUCGGCCCUCCACACGAAGGAUAUCGAGCUCGCCCACCGUGUGGCUGCGCGCAUUGAAGCGGGCAUGGUCUGGAUCAACUCGUCCAACGACUCCGACUUCCGUGUCCCCUUUGGAGGUGUGAAGCAGAGCGGUAUCGGCCGAGAGCUAGGAGAGGCGGGUCUAGCGGCGUACACGCAAACGAAGGCUAUCUAUGUGAACCUGGGCCAGAAGAUUUAAAUUUUAAAAGUAUUCGGUUCCGAUAUUGUACGAUGGGUGUUACUAUUUGCGCCUGGUGGCAUGACGAUCUUAUCUCCUUGCUAUUGAUGUCACAUACCUGCACAUAUAUACGUUAGCAAUAGAAGCAUGAUGGAAGGAAUAUGAAAUCCCUCGAAUAUUAAUUGUUAUGUACCUGCCUAUUCCUUACUAUGUAGAAGCUGAAGGGAUCAUCAUCCAUCGCCAGAUUCACAUGUCUGACAGGCCUAUGCUGUUUUGAUUCGGCUCCUUCCCGAAUAUAGGCGGGCAGGGUAUGAUUGUAGGUCGUUAAUUGGUUUUUGACAGAACACUACUGUCUCCUUUUGAAAACCCGGCAGAUAACUGCAAGUCAGCAAUGAUAAUUGCCUCAGCGCAUGGCUGAUAUUGGAAUUUUGGAUUGUUACUACGCGGGUACAUUCCUAGUUGGUGGCCAAUUUUAACCUUUUUCCUUCUUGUCGCAUCAAUCUUACGACGCGCAUUUCUACCACGCACUUGACUGCUUUGAUGUUUCUGCCGGACUUGUUUGAGUUUAUUAGUUUCUCUUCCCGUUAGUUGGAUUUUUAAGUUCGC